AUGGCCGCACCAUCCCCCGCCGUCAAGCCAGCUUAUACCAUCCAGGUCGCAGACUCGCAAGAGCUCGUCCAGGCGUGCUACGAUGUCCGCAUUGAGGUGUUUGUCGUCGAGCAAGGGUUUUCUCAUGAUGACGAGAUUGACGAGUACGACCCCCAAUCGAUCCACUUUCUUCUCACCACCCCUCUCCCCUCCCCUCCACCCGUAGCCACCUCUUCCCUCACUCCCAACCCCGCCACCGCAGGUGGUACCACAGAGUACCCUAUUGGCACUAUCCGAUUCGUACCCGGAAAGAACAAGCUCACGCGAUUAGCGGUGCAGAAAGAAUACAGACAGUAUGGGUUUGGAAAGGUGUUGGUGGAGGCGCUGGAGACGUUUGUUAAGGAGAAUGCAGUCAAGCAGAAUCUGGGGGCUGUUUAUGAGGAGGGAGGGAAGAAAUGGAUAGAUAUCAAGUGCCAUUCUCAGCUCUAUGUGAUCCCCUUUUACACCAAGUUUGGAUACGUCGCCGAAGGUCCCCAGUUUGACGAGGACGGAGCCCCUCAUCAGCUCCUGAUCCACAAGCUGCAGGUCGAUUAA